AUGGCCACCAUAUCAGGUUUCGUGCCGCACAAUCGCCCUGUGAAGCCACGCAAAUCCAAGCUUCUAAAGAAGGCUGUGUCUGCCGCCGCCGAUGGCGAGACCGCCGCGGCAGUGGAACCCAAGAACGAGGUGUCAGCGCCUGGGCGGCCUUGCCCUCUGGCUCGACUACCGGGAGAGAUCCGAAGAAUGAUAUUCUCGUCUCUGGACUAUCAUUCACUCAUCCGCUUAUCAACAACCAGCCGGUUCUUCCAUCGGACAGUCGUCCCCCGAACCCUCGCCGACCCAUUAGAGAUGCUGCAGUUCGUCCUGAGAGCAGCUAAUUUCCCACAACACUGGCCCAAGGAGAAAGGCUCCAACCCCCACCCCGGAAACUUCGAGUGCUAUAUCUGCUUCCGGAUCCGAUCACCAGACCUCUUCGACGCGAACCAGCUCCAGCAAGCAAUCAUUGACGACCAAGGAUAUGUGAUUAGAGGAAAUGUAUCACCGGAUACCAAGGUCGUGGGGGUGUCCCUCCGUCGGUUCUGUAUCGAGUGCGGUCUGCUCGCCGGGCUCCACGCCCCCUCAGACUCCUUGACUACCAAGACUGGGGUCGAAUUUUGGGUCUGUAAGUGUCGGAAGCUGUGGCCAAGGCCUGCUGUUCUGAUGUGUCCCGUGUGCUGCGACACAUGCCCUUUCCGCCUUCGCAAACAUGGCAUUCUCGCACCCAAGGUGCCCGAGGCGGCGGCACUCGCUUAG